UUUGAUGUAAAUCUAAAUCGGUUAGAUGGGACCAAGGAGAUGGGACAAAAAUGAGCGCAUUGAUUUGACCACGUAAGCAUACCGCCGUGACCCAAGAUGGCGGCGCCCAUGGAGCUGUGGUGCUGGAAGGGGGAUUGGGGCCUGCCGUCGAUUGAUGUAGACUGUUUGACCGUCAUUGCUUAUGCAAAGUUUGCAGGUGCCCCACUGAAGCUGAAGAAAAUCAACAACCCAUGGAAGUCUCCAUCAGGCUCCCUACCAGUGUUCAAGAAUGGUGAGGACUUGGUCUUUACAUCUCCUGGAAGGAUACUUGACUACCUUAGGCAAGAGAAAUUUAAUGCUGACUAUGAACUCACAGCAAAGCAGAGCUCUGAUGUGGUGGCGUUCACAUCACUUUUGGAGGAAAAAUUUAUACCAGCAAUGCUUCACUCCUUCUGGAUGGACGCUAGAAAUUACGUAGAUUUCUCGCGCCCAUGGUAUGCACGGGCACUGCCAUUUCCGCUGAACUUCUUUGUCCCUGGCCGGAUGCAACAAGCAGCAGAGGGGAGGCUACAGUACACACGUGGUGGGGACCACCUCAUAGAUGGGGAGAUGGAGUCUCAGAUCUACAGAGAUGCUAAAGAGUGUUUAAACCUUUUAUCUGGACGAUUGGGGGAACAGGAUUUCUUCUUCGGCCAAAGCCCCACCACCCUGGAUGCUAUAGUGUUUGCCCACAUUGCCCCGGUACUGAAGGCUCCCCUCCCCAGCAACCAGCUCCAGAACCACCUGAAGAACUGUAACAACCUCGUCAACUUCUGUGCUCGUGUAACCAGCAGAUACUUCCCAUCAGACUCAGAAGAUGCAGACCAUUCAACAUUCACACCAAGUACUGUUGAUGAUCGGCAGUACAGCACAACCAACAAGAUCCUGUCAGCAGGCGUGGCCAUUGCUGCCAUGGUCGCUUAUGCCCUCCUUAGUGGACUAGUCCAAAUUGACAUGAGUGGGGAUGAUGAUGUUCCAGCAGUUCCUGAGUCAGAUAUCAAUGUUGAAAAUUUCAGGUUUCAGGAAGAAGAACAAGAGGAUGAUUAAUUUUGGGACCUGUGAAUUAAAGAUAUGUAAGCUUGUCUGGCAGCUUUGAUCUGUAAUCAAUGAAUGCGUACAAGAAAUGACCAGUAGAUAGACUUUGAAUGUUGAUUGGCAAGCUUUGUAUUAGGGAAGCUUACACAUGUAAUUGUAUGAUAUGUAUUUUUUUUGUUUUAAAACUGUGUAAGACAUUGAAAAAAAUGUUUGUUAUGACAAAGAUGUCAUUUUUUGUAAUCUUUAAGAAUGUACAUAUUAGUUGGUCCUUGAACAGUGAAUUUAUGAUUUAUUGCAUUUGCAAUUGCAUUAGUGUUGCUUGAAAUUGUUAGUCAUAUUUCUUUUCAGGGCAGUGACUUGUUCAGUAAGAACAAUAGCAAAGCUUUGCUAGUAAACAUCAAUGUAUGUGUAAUUGCUGUAUUGACGGAGGGACAAGGGUACUGCUGUAGGGUAGUGCUGUUCUGACUGCAUGUAGCUCACCUGUUAUGUCAAGUUGAACAUGAUGGUACAGGAAUGAAGACAUUGAGAUGCCUCAUUAAAAAAGAGGAAGAUGA